CACUGCUAAGUCCCUUUAGUGACCGGGGCCGUUCCUCUCAACAACUCUCACCCACCACCAUCUCACCCUCCCUUACAUAACUCCGCUCUUCUCCACGAUGCCCCCCGAUAAACACCCGUCGUUCGCCUCUUUGUUUGACAAUGCCAGGGCCCGUGUCUCCAUAAGUACCACUCUGAACUUUAUGAAUGACAUUUUCAAGAACAACAAUCAGAAAUAUAUGAAUGAAUCGACCCACUGGAGUAAAUACUCAGUCGCUAAUGUCUUGCCCCAUCUCGCUUGGUUGCUCUCAUACCUACAUUCCUGAAGCUAUAUACCCAUGCUUCCAAAGUUCUUUCCAUGGGGAGGUUAGCCUUCGGUAUUCGGCGGCUUCACAUACUACGUCGCGAGCACGACGAGUGGACAGGUUAUACCUACUGCAUAGGUCGCUGGCAUGUAUAUGUCGGACUCGAUCUGUCGCAAAUUGUACUCCAGGUGGGUUCGACCGUAGAUGUGUAGUAUACGUUCCAGAAUCCAGGGCGCUAACUUGUCCAGAUAUUUACGCACUGAUCACAUGCGUAAUGCCUCUCUGCUGUAUCCUCUGGUCUCGCCCGGGAAAAAUUAGCGGCGUCAGGGAUCUCCGAUGCGCUAUUCAUGCCAUAUUCUCAUUUCAAAGACACCCGAUUGCAAAGAAUCGGACAGCGUUCGCCUAAUCUCCGGUUUCCGCUAUAUGCAAUCCUGGUUGGCGCCCUAAUUUUGCCUGUUUCGUAUUCCUGUUCCAGGGAGACCUGGGUGUCGGGCUCUGGUCACCCGGUCAAGAAACUACUUCAUCGAUAUGAUUCCGGUUCAUGUCCUACUGGAGCGCUCAAUGAACCAUGUAAUAUAUCAGCUACCUGUGAGCGGAUGCAUAAGUUCCCUGGUCGUG